AGCACUCUGCGCCCAUGGUCUCACUUAGCAGCUCCAGGAUGCUCCAGGUGUUCCAGGGUCACAUGCAGCCAGCUGGACACCGAAGCCGCAAAACCCGCCUGGUCACCAAAGAUGGCCGCUGCAACAUCGAGUUUGGCAACAUCGAAUACAGCAACCACUUUGCGUAUCUGGUGGACUUCUGGAACACGUUUGUGGAGAUCCGCUGGCGCUUUGUCCUUCUCCUGUUCGUGGCCUCGUUCACGGGCAGCUGGUUCAUUUUCAGCCUGCUGUGGUACUGGAUCGCAAAGAGCAACGGGGAUUUGAUGGGGCAGAACCGCACAGAUGGACACGUCCAGUGUAUAGACAAUGUUAACGGCCUCACAACGGCGUUCCUCUACUCCCUGGAGACUCAAACGACAAUCGGAUACGGUGGCAGGGCGCUGACGGGACACUGUGCUGGCACUGUGGCUCUAAUUAUCGUCCAGUCUCUCAUCGGCGUCUUCAUCAAUUGUUUCAUGUGUGGUGUCAUCUUGGCCAAGAUCUCCUUGCCCAAAAAAAGGGCAAAGACUGUCACCUUCAGCGACACAGCUGUCAUCUGUCUAAAGAAAGGAAGCCUGUGUCUCCUGAUCAGAGUGGCAAACCUUCGAAAGACCUUAUUAAUCGGCAGCCAGAUCUACGGCAAGCUGCUCAGGACAACAACCACACCAGACGGAGACACAAUCAUCCUGGACCAGGUGGACAUUGACUUUAUGGUCGACGCUGGCAAAGAUAAUUUGUUUUUCGUUUGCCCUAUGACCCUCUACCACGUGAUAAAUAGAUCAAGCCCGUUCUACGAGAUGUCAGCAGACUCGCUUCCCCACCAGGACUUUGAGCUUGUGGUCUUUUUAGACGGGACAGCCGAGUCCACCAGCUCCUCCUGUCAGGUCCGAACCUCCUACAUCCCCCAGGAGAUCCAGUGGGGAUACAGUUUCCUGCCCAUCAUCUCCCGCACCAAGACGGGAAAGUACCGCGUGGAUUUCUCAAACUUUUCCAAAAGCGUUCGGGUCACCACGCCGCACUGCGUCCACUGCUUCGAGACAGACACCUACCAGAGAAACCACAACAGCCACAGCCAAGAAAGCCACAACAACCAGCAUAAAUUGGGAAUCGACAAUUUGGGAUUUCAGGUGAUCGACAUUCACGACUCUGUGGACAUCACUAAAAUGUGA